AUGUCCGCCGCUGCCCGUCGAACCGUUGAUCGCGACAAGCUCAAGCAUGUCGUGACCAUCAUGCUCAACAAUGACGAAACCAACCGGGAAACUCACGAUGUCAUGCUUGCCCUCACUCGCUUUGGAGUCGAUACUUUCUCGGACCUCAUGAUGAUGGAACGCAAAGACAUUGAGUCUCUCGUGGUUCCAGCCGCUGGAACCGUUGCCGGACACCCUCUUGGAUUCAGUCAACGGCGACAACUCCUUGCUGCGAUUUGCUGCUUUCAUCACUUCUGUCGAGAGCAAACCAAAUCCAUCAACAUCACGUCAAUCAGUUUCACUAACUUCCAACGAUUCCGCAUUGGACGAUGGCAUCCAUCAGCGGAAGUUGUCCCGUGGCUCACGACACGAGCUCCUGUAUCCGCCGAAGCAGAGAUUGAAUACUGGAACAAGACGGUCAAGAUCUCUUGCAGCGACUACAAGGAGUUCCGUGACGAAGCGUACUGGCACAAGUGGAGCGAAGAUUUCCUACUCACUGUAAAGUCUCACCGUUUGUCUCACCUACUCGAAAAAGGAUACACGCCGGAGAACCCGUCGCUCGAUCGCAUCUAA